AUGAAUUAUUAAAUACUGUUUUAUACUCAAAUCAUACAAAACAUUUGGUGGAUAAUUGGGUCAUUAAUAUUUUAUGAUCCUUAUGAAUAUUUCAUUUGUGGUCUAUCUAUAGCAUUCAUAGUUAUCAGGAUAAUUCUUAUUAUAUUUGAGAAAUGGGUUAAGGAAACAUUACUAUAUCAAAUUUUAUAAUUACUUCUAAAUUGUUUGUAUACAGAAGUCAGUAUAAGAAUGCCCAUGAAUAAUCCAUUUGUAAAUCAUUCAAACUCAGUCAUGAUUAUAGCCAACUAUUGUUAUGCAAACAUAGAUUAAUAGCAGAAUAUUCAAAUUAUAUCAAGAUUAGGAUUUCCAAUUUAUUCAUUUUUAAGAACUCUUUCCAUCACAUUUAUUAACUCCAAUUAUACAAUAUUAGAAAGUUGUAUAAUUAUUUUCAUAUUUUUAUGUCUUGUUACAUAAGACUUAAUGAUAUAAAAAACUGAUGCAAACUAAAGUGUUACAAAGUAACUUAAUUUAAGUGAUCAACAUAAUUUCAAUUCUCAAUUUAUGACAUUUGUUCAAUAAGAUUCUAGAAGACAAUCAUUAGGACCAUCAAUCAAAAAAAGUAGAACUCAUUACUCAUAAUAACCAUAAGAAAAACAAGAGGUCUUUUCCAGUAUUCCAUUAUAUAAUAAACCUUAUACAACUGAAGACAAUAUAAAAAAUUAAUUUCCAUUUAUGCAUAAAAAAAAAAGUUUUAAUAAAAAAAUUUCAAUCGCUAGUGUUGAUAAAACAGAUCAACCACUUCAUACAUUCUUUUAAAAUUUAAUAAACAGUAUAUUCUCUGCAGGAGUAAUAAUAUUGAAUUAACAUUAAAAAGUAACCUUUAUGAAUAACAAAUGUGAAAAAUUACUAGGUUAAAGAGGAACCGAUAAAGUAUUAGAAAGUAUCAAAAAAAUCAUACUAGCAAAUUCUUUAUUAGAAGAUGAUGAAUCACCGUUGGUUUCAAUUCCUCCUAGAUCUUAGGCUUAAAUGAAUAAGGCAACAUUUGAAAGAAUACUUAAGUAACAUCAAAAUAAUUAAUAAGAAUUAAAUAUUUUCGAUGCAUUCUUACAUCCAUAAGCAUAUCUAAAUUCACUUUAUUAAACAAUUUCUCCAAAUUAUGAUUAUGAUUAAAGAAGUAGUCUAUCAGAAUCAAUAAAUGAAACAUUUAUACAAAGGAAAGAUGCUGUCACUUAUGAACAUAUUAUUAAUUAAGAUGGAAGCUCUCUUAAAAAGUUAAGAAUUAUAAUUAUUCCAACUUAUAUGACUUCUUCUUAGUAGGAUUAACUUUCUUAACCCUCAUUGUAGAAGGUUCUUUUUAAUAAGAAUACCAUAAUGGAUGCAGUUUAACCUAUCAUUGUUAUCAAAAUAAAGAAUAUUACUAAGAAACAUAAAAUUGAAUAAAUGAAUAAAGAAAAAGAAACUCAUAAUUCUUUACUUAAAUCUUUUUCUCAUGAAUUGAAAACACCAUUAAAUAGUUGUUAAGAUAUGCUAUUGAUAAUUAAAGAUAGAAUAUAGGAUUAAAAAAUGUUGGAAUAUGUUGAAAUAGCUCAUGUUUCUAUUAUCUUUCUUAUUCAUCAAAUAAAUGAUAUUUUAGAUUAUGCUGCUAUGUAAUCGAAUACUUUUAAAUAUAGAUUUACUUUAUUUAACUUGUAAGAAUUAAUAGAAGAAAUUAAAUAUAUUUAUAACAGUUAAUUGGAAUCAAAGAAGAUAGAAUUUAAUAUCAAAAUAGAUGAUAGAGUUAAGAAUUUAAACAUAAGAUCAGAUAAAUAAAGGAUCAUGUAGGUUCUAAUUAAUUUAUUAAAUAAUUCAAGUAAAUUUACACCUCAAGGUGGUAAAAUAGUACUCUCUAUUAAACCAGAUGAAAAUCACUUUAUUAAGAUUCAAGUUAAAGAUUCAGGAAUAGGUAUUGGAACUGAAUAAUUAUCAACCUUAAGAAAAGUAUUAACAAGUUCAAUGGGGAAGAGUCUUCAUCGUUCUAGAAUAAAGAAAAGUCUUGGAUUAGGAUUAAAUAUUUCAGCAAGAAUAGUUGAAGGAUUAGUUUAAAAGAAUGAUGGUACUUUAGAAAUCAAUUCUAAACAUAAAAACAAAGGAACUAAAAUAUAUUUUAAAAUUGAAUACUAAAUGUCAUUCAGAGAUGAAUCAAUAAGAAAUCCAAUGAUUUCAGAAUAUACUAACAAAUAUAAUACUUAUAAAUAGAUGAUUUCUUAAAUUGAACCUAGUUAAUUAGAAUAAGGUAAAAGUAUAUUAAGAUAAUAUUCAGAGAAUUCAAAAAGUCCUGAUCAUUUGUCUCCUUCAAAAAAAAGAAAAAAUACAAAAAAUAGAUUUCAUAAAUUAAUGCCAGCAAAUUAAACUGAUAGUUCACUUGAAAUAAUUGAUAAUGCUAAUUAUAAUAUAGAAUUGCCAAUUAGUCCAGAUUAUUUUAGAUAUAAAUCUUAAACUUAAAGUCGCUCAUGUUAAUUGUGCACUUAAUGUAUUCAAGUCUUAAUAGUUGAUGAUGUUCCAUUCAAUUAAAUUGCUCUGAAAGCAUUACUAUUACAUUAUAAAAUAUAAGCAGAUCAAGCUUAUGAUGGAUAUUAAGCAAUAGAGAUAGUUAAGAAACAAACUUAAAAACAUUGUUAAUUUUAUGCUUUGAUUUUUAUGGAUAUUGAGAUGCCAGGAAUUAAUGGAUUUUAAGCAACAAAAGAAGUAUAUAAUAUAUUUUAUAUAUUAGAUACUUGAAAUCACAUAAUCCUCUACUUAAAUAGUGAUGUGUUCGGCAUAUGACACUGAAGAAAACUUUAGAGAAGGAGAAGAGGUUGGUAUGUCUGAGUUCCUUCCAAAACCUGUUCAUCAAAAAGACUUAGAAAGAAUUCUCAGAUAAUUUAGUUUGAUAUGA